AUGAUGCAGCCUGCUGCCAAGCAUGCCGUGUUGCACACUUGUGGGGUGACGUUGCUGUUACUUCCGAUUGCCGGGUACCUGUGGCAGAAGUUCACCUCCAAGGUGGCGAGUCAAAAUCUUUCCUCCCUGCUGGCCGUGCUCUGGACGUACAGGAGGACGGACUUUCGUGGCUUCAUGAAGAGCCACCGCGCUGCCAUUCAGAAGGGCAAGGAAUCUGGUGACUAUGUUCCUGGCGUGAUGAACUACUACAGCCUCAUGUCGGAUUUGAUCACCCUCACCAGCGGUCCCUUUUGGCAUUUCGUCCCCAUGAUCAAGGGCCUUUCCCGUGACGAGAGCCACGUGCGUUUCCACCACACUUUGUCGCAGUACUUGGGCGCAGGCAAAGAUGACAAGGUCUUGGAGAUUGGGUGUGGCUACGGCGAGAUGGGGCGUCAGGUUGCAAAGAUCUCUGGUGCCAGUGUAACAGGCUUGACCAUGGCAGAUGCAGAGAUUGAGGGUGGCAACCUUCGGAUCAAGGAAGCAGGCCUUGAUGACCGAUGCAAGAUUGUCCAAGGGAAUUACCACAAGACCGAAUUUCAGGACGCUAGCUUCGACAAAGUCUUCGGAGUUUACACUUUGAAGUACUCCUCCAACCUUGAGGCGGUAUUUGCAGAGAUGGCACGGCUUUUGAAGCCCGGUGGCAAGUUCCUGUCCUACGAGAUUCUUGUCACUGACAAGUUCGAUAACACGAAUGCUGAGCACAGGGAAUACGUUGGCAACAUUUCUACUUGCACUUGUAUGCCUCCGCUGUGGCCUGCGGAGGCCAUGCGCAGCGCUGCCAAAAAAGCUGGUCUAGUGCCGGUGGUGGAAGAGGACAUUGGGGCAGUGGCGACGGCACGUCCUUGGUACACCUGCUUCACCAAUGGCGUUUACCAGAUCUUG